GGGAGGGCGGAGACUCCCCUCCCGCCCCGCCUCCAGUCCCAAGAAAAUUGCCUUUUGCCUUUGCUGAAAUCGGGGAGAAAUCUGUGCAGAGUUGCAGGGCUCGUGUGCAAUGCAGCGACCCGGUGACCAACUACAGAAAUACAAAGAAGAAAACCAUGAGCUAGAAAGGUGUGAGCAAGUGAACUCUGAUAGAUUAGCAUCCACAAAAGACAAAGGAAGAUUUUUUCCAUGUCCUGGAAUGGAAGAGAUGCCAGGAAAUCUGCAGGGCCAAGAGGAACAUCCCAAAAAGGCAACAGAAGCUCUUUUUCCCAAAGAAGGUGAUAGCAGCUUAAAUGAAAGUACCUUUCAAGAAGAACUUAUUGGGAGGAAGAGAGAAAGCACAGGUGCUGACUGUGGGGAGGCCAAUGACGUGCCAGCAGAGGGAAAUCCAUAUCAAUGCUCACAUUGUUGGGAAACAUUUCCCCAUAGACUGCACUUAGUCGCACAUGAGAAAAUCCACACUCUAGAUAAACCAUACAAAUGUGCUGAUUGUUGGAAAAGCUUUAGCAAUAGCUAUGAGUUUAUUGAUCAUAUAAGGGUGCAUACAGCAGAGAAAUCAUAUGCGUGUUCCGAAUGCGGCCAAAGCUUCCAUUUGAAAUCCAAGUUUACUGCCCAUAAGAGAAUCCACACAGCAGAAAUCCCCUAUGGAUGCUCCGAAUGUGGGAAGAACUUCAGUAAAAAGUCCCACCUGGUGACGCACGCAAGGACCCACACCGGAGAGAAACCAUAUGAAUGCACUGACUGUGGGAAGCGCUUUAGCCAGAAAGGAAACCUUGUUUCUCAUAUGCGGAGUCACACUGGGGAGAAGCCCUACAAAUGCUCCCAGUGCGGCAAAAGCUUUUCUCAGUGUACUUCACUGAUGAAGCAUGUGAGAACUCACACAGGAGAAAAGCCAUACAGAUGCUCUGUCUGUGACAAAAGCUUUCUUAAUAAGGGAAACCUGGUCUUGCAUGUGCGAAUCCACACAGGAGAAAAACCGUACAAAUGCACCGAUUGUGGGAAGAGCUAUAGUACCAGCUUUCCGUUGAUAGAACAUAAGCGCCUACACACAGGGGAGAAACCAUAUACAUGCUCUGACUGCAGCCAAAGCUUCAAUUCGAAAUCCAACCUUACUACACAUAAGAGAACCCACACUGGGGAGAAACCUUACGAAUGUUCCGAGUGUGGGAAAAGCUUCAAUACGAGCUCUCUGCUUGCCAGUCAUAAGAGGGUUCAUACUGGAGAAAAACCAUACAAAUGCUCAGGCUGUGGGAAAAGCUACGCUGAUCGAAAGUCCUUUGUUAAACACAAAAGAACCCACACAGGGAAGAAAGCCUUUGAAUGAUUGGAUAGGGGACACAGUUUCGGGUACAGCCCAAUGCUUACGUAGUGCAUCAGAAUGUGCAUAGGAAAUCUUUGGGCUAUGAGAAAAGAUGCCAUCCUCACAAUACGUUCUUGGCACACAGCAGAAGAUUCAUACAGGGAUGCAAAUUGUAAAGAUGGAUUUUAGGCAAGGAUGAGAAGCCUAUUGGAAAUUAGAAAAACUUGGAUUGGAGCUUUGAUGGUUGAGGACUGCAUAGUGCUCAAGUCUAGAAAAUCCACACCACAGUCAGAGAGGUCAUUCACACAAUCGAAAACUGUUCUCUUCAGGUUUGGGAGCUGUGUGUGCUCCCAAUUUAUGGUUGUGUAGAAGCAAAGUAGGAGGAAAACCUGGAAAGGAAAAGCUACCCAGGUUUUCCUCUGCCUUGCUUCCACACAAUCACUUCUGCCCAGGUUUUUCUCUUACCUUGCUUCCACACAACCAAAAAUUAGGAGCACACACAGCUCCCAAAUCUGAAGAGAACACAUUUUUUGAUUGUGGAAAUGACCUCAGAGUUUUGAAAUAGCUUCUCUUGGGACCAGAUGUUCCAUGCUAGCUUCUAGCACACUAGAGGUCAGAAAAUUUGAUGAAGCCCAAACUAGAUUUUACACAAAAGGUGCACCCAGUGUCAAAACAGCAGCUAGACACUGUCUAUUAGGACUUGUCCAUCUUCUGAAGUGCCUCCUUUCUACAGCUGGCAUCACAUGUAAUGCAGCAAGUAUGGUUGCUGUGAACCACCAGUUCCUGAAGCAUGCACAGGAGCCCGACUUCCAGUGUCAGGAGGACUAUGCCAACAUUGGAUAUGUCAUCUGAACCCUCCAAUGGCUGCAUGUUCUACUCUACUUAUGUUUUUGAACUCAACAUCUGUAACCUACAUAUGAAGUCGGUUACUGAUGUUGGGUUUGGGACAGUAAGUAGGGUAGAAUAUGCAAACACUGGCAGGUUUGGAUGACAUGUCUAGUGUCGACAUAGUCCUUCCAAAACCGGAAGUUGGGCUCCCGCACAUGCUCCAGGAGCCAGUGGUUGGUGGCAGCCAUACCUGCCACAUUACAGUGACACCACUCAUUGUAUCCUCACCACCCCUCUCCACAUUGGGGGCUGCUCAUGAUGAGAAUCUGAGAAAUCCAGAAUAUGAUGAUGACACCACACAAGGCAUGUCCCAUUACAUGUAAGAGGAGAUGAGACAGGAGUUAGCUGUUUCACUGCUGUUGAUGAUGACGUUCGUUUUUCAUCCGAAGGUUGCUUUGGUUCAUUCGUGUGUGUUUUUCUUUUAAAGACCAUGUUAGAAACAA